UGCACAGCAAAAAUAGGAGGUGAGAAGAUAAAAAAUUUCAAGCUGUACGAUGAAAAGAUAACUGAACUUGUAAAAUAUACCAUGUGAAUCAACAUAAAGGUAGGGAAAGAUGAAAAGAAUCGAAAAAAACUUGUAUUUAAAUAAAUGAUUGGGGAGAAAAAUUGGAUCAGAAACUGGACAAGUAAAAAAAAUUACAAGACGGAAAAUUAAACCAGUCGAACACAAUAAACCAUUUUUGUAUCUAUUACAACUAGGUUAAAUGGUCUGCAAAAAUCUGAUAGCGCUCAUAUUCAAUGACGUUUUUGAAAUAAUAUUUCCAUUGUUCAAGCAGUAAAUCUUAUUGGUUGUGAUAUGUGUACACCUGCACUACAGAGUAAUAAGCCUUUAAAUUCUGGAGGGUGCGUGGAUUUACUUACUGUUUCCGAUACAUUUUUCUGUUGAGUACCAAAAAAAACCCAAUCCUUUGGUUUUCCCAUCCAUGAGAUUUCUUUCUUGUACUUCAUUCUCUACUAUAACUUUCUUUUCGUUCAAACAACUUAAGCCUAAAAUACAAUUGAUUCCACUUCUCUUGAUGUCUGUAGACGCUUUGUUGCUUUUGAACAAUACUCAUAUGUAUUGUAUGUCUUCUAAUAAUUACAGAGGUAGGCUAAAUCAACCUAGAACCUUGCACAUAAGUGCAUGGAUUCAACUUGUCAUACUUCACAAUAGUACAAAAGAACGCGUUGAUAGAAAACGACUGCUGUCAAUGGACAUAAAUUUGUGUGAAAGAGUAAACGAUGUAAACAUAAAGGCUAGUGCCAGUAAAUACAUCUGCGCCAUUGUGACUGAUUUUCAGCCAUCUCUCCAAGAGUUCUCAACCACUGAUUCCUGUCGUCUCGGGAACCCCAACCAGACAGUCUACAUCUCCUCAUACAACUCACGCCAACAGUAAGAGACUUCAUCGACUGGUGACACGUCUUCAUCUAACCACCCUGAACCCUCUUCCAACCUAAUCCAACAU